GGAAUGAAGUCUGGCUCCGGAGGAGGGUCCCCGACCUCGCUGUGGGGGCUCCUGUUUCUCUCCGUGGCGCUCUCGCUCUGGCCAGCGAGUGGAGAAAUCUGCGGGCCAGGCAUCGACAUCCGCAAUGACUAUCAGCAGCUGAAGCGCCUGGAGAACUGCACGGUGAUUGAGGGCUACCUGCACAUCCUUCUCAUCUCCAAGGCAGAGGACUACCGCAGCUACCGCUUUCCCAAGCUCACUGUCAUCACUGAGUACUUGCUGCUGUUCCGUGUGGCUGGCCUCGAGAGCCUCGGUGACCUCUUCCCAAACCUCACUGUCAUCCGUGGCUGGAAGCUCUUCUAUAACUAUGCCUUGGUCAUCUUUGAGAUGACCAACCUCAAGGAUAUUGGGCUUUACAACCUGAGGAACAUUACUCGGGGGGCCAUCAGGAUUGAAAAAAAUGCUGACCUCUGUUACCUCUCCACUGUGGAUUGGUCCUUAAUCCUGGAUGCUGUGUCCAAUAACUACAUUGUGGGAAACAAACCCCCAAAGGAGUGUGGGGACCUGUGUCCAGGGACAUUGGAGGAGAAACCAUUGUGUGAGAAGACCACCAUUAACAAUGAGUAUAACUACCGCUGCUGGACCACUAAUCGCUGCCAGAAAAUGUGCCCGAGCACGUGCGGAAAGCGAGCAUGCACCGAGAACAACGAGUGUUGCCACACAGAGUGCCUGGGCAGCUGCAGCGCACCCGACAAUGCCACAGCCUGUGUGGCCUGCCGCCACUACUACUAUGCAGGCGUCUGCGUGCCCACCUGCCCACCCAGCACGUACAGGUUUGAGGGCUGGCGCUGCGUGGACCGAGACUUUUGUGCCAACAUCCCCAAUGCCGAGAGUAAUGACUCCGAGGGCUUUGUGAUCCACGAUGGCGAAUGCAUGCAGGAGUGCCCCUCAGGGUUCAUCCGGAAUGGGACCCAGAGCAUGUACUGCAUCCCUUGCGAAGGACCUUGCCCCAAAGUCUGUGAGGAAGAGAAGAAAACAAAAACCAUUGAUUCUGUGACUUCUGCACAAAUGCUCCAAGGAUGUACCAUCUUCAAGGGCAAUUUGCUCAUUAAUAUCAGGAGAGGCAAUAACAUAGCCUCAGAGCUAGAGAACUUCAUGGGUCUCAUUGAGGUCGUGACAGGUUAUGUGAAGAUCCGCCAUUCCCAUGCCUUGGUCUCCUUGUCCUUCCUGAAAAAUCUACGCCAAAUUUUAGGAGAGGAACAGCUAGAAGGGAAUUACUCCUUCUAUGUCCUUGACAACCAGAACCUGCAGCAGCUGUGGGAUUGGGACCACCGCAACCUGACUAUCAAAGCAGGGAAAAUGUACUUUGCUUUUAAUCCCAAAUUGUGUGUUUCCGAAAUUUAUCGCAUGGAGGAAGUGACAGGGACUAAAGGGCGCCAGAGCAAAGGGGACAUAAACACGAGGAACAACGGAGAAAGAGCCUCUUGUGAAAGUGAUGUGCUGCAUUUCACCUCCACCACCACAUGGAAGAAUCGGAUUAUAAUCACCUGGCACCGCUACCGGCCUCCUGACUACAGGGAUCUCAUCAGCUUCACUGUGUACUACAAGGAAGCCCCCUUUAAAAAUGUGACAGAGUAUGAUGGGCAGGACGCCUGUGGCUCCAACAGCUGGAACAUGGUGGAUGUGGACCUCCCUACGAACAAGGAUGGGGAGCCAGGCAUUUUACUGCAUGGACUGAAGCCCUGGACUCAGUAUGCUGUUUACGUCAAGGCAGUGACUCUUACCAUGGUGGAGAAUGACCACAUCCGUGGGGCCAAGAGUGAAAUCUUAUACAUUCGCACCAAUGCAUCAGUUCCUUCCAUUCCCCUGGAUGUUCUUUCAGCAUCAAACUCCUCUUCUCAGUUGAUUGUGAAGUGGAACCCUCCCUCUCUGCCAAAUGGUAACCUGAGCUACUACAUUGUGAGGUGGCAGCGGCAGCCCCAGGACAGUUAUCUUUACCGGCAUAAUUAUUGCUCCAAAGACAAAAUCCCCAUCAGGAAGUAUGCUGAUGGCACCAUUGAUGUUGAGGAGGUGACAGAAAAUCCCAAGACAGAGGUGUGUGGUGGAGAGAAAGGGCCUUGCUGUGCCUGCCCCAAAACUGAAGCGGAGAAACAGGCCGAGAAAGAGGAGGCCGAGUACCGGAAAGUCUUUGAGAAUUUCCUGCACAAUUCCAUCUUUGUGCCCAGACCUGAAAGGAAGAGGAGGGAUGUCAUGCAAAUUGCCAAUACCACCAUGUCCAGCCGAAGCAGGAACACCACAAUGGCAGAUACUUACAAUGUCACAGACCCAGAAGAGCUCGAGACAGAGUUCCCCUUCUUUGAGAGCAGAGUGGAUAACAAGGAGAGAACUGUCAUUUCAAACCUCCGGCCUUUCACUUUGUACCGCAUUGAUAUUCACAGUUGCAAUCACGAGGCUGAAAAGCUGGGCUGCAGUGCCUCCAACUUUGUCUUUGCAAGGACCAUGCCAGCAGAAGGAGCAGAUGACAUUCCUGGGCCAGUGACCUGGGAGUCAAGGCCUGAAAACUCCAUCUUUCUAAAGUGGCCAGAACCUGAGAAUCCCAAUGGAUUGAUCCUAAUGUAUGAAAUAAAGUAUGGAUCACAAGCUGAGGAUCAGCGAGAGUGUGUUUCCAGACAGGAGUACCGGAAGUAUGGAGGGGCCAAGCUUAACCGGCUCAACCCAGGGAACUACACGGCCCGGAUUCAGGCCACUUCUCUUUCUGGGAAUGGGUCGUGGACGGAUCCUGUGUUCUUCUAUGUCCCAACCAAAAUAAGACCAUAUGAGAAUUUCAUCCAUCUGAUCAUUGCUCUGCCUGUGGCUGUUCUUUUAGUAGUGGGAGGGCUGGUUAUAAUGCUAUACGUCUGUCACAGAAAGAGAAAUAACAGCAGGCUGGGGAAUGGAGUGCUGUAUGCCUCUGUGAACCCAGAGUACUUCAGCGCAGCUGAUGUGUACGUUCCGGAUGAGUGGGAAGUAGCUCGAGAGAAGAUCACCAUGAGUCGAGAGCUUGGGCAGGGGUCGUUUGGAAUGGUGUAUGAAGGAGUUGCCAAAGGUGUAGUUAAAGAUGAGCCUGAAACUAGGGUGGCCAUUAAAACAGUAAAUGAGGCUGCAAGCAUGCGGGAAAGGAUUGAAUUUCUCAACGAGGCUUCAGUGAUGAAGGAGUUCAAUUGUCAUCAUGUGGUGCGUUUGUUGGGCGUGGUGUCCCAGGGCCAGCCAACACUGGUCAUCAUGGAACUGAUGACACGGGGGGACCUUAAAAGUUAUCUCAGGUCUCUGAGGCCAGAAAUGGAGAAUAAUCCAGUCCUAGCACCUCCAAGCCUAAGCAAGAUGAUCCAGAUGGCAGGCGAGAUUGCAGACGGCAUGGCAUACCUCAAUGCCAACAAGUUUGUCCAUAGAGACCUUGCUGCCCGGAACUGCAUGGUGGCUGAAGAUUUCACAGUCAAAAUUGGAGAUUUUGGUAUGACGAGAGAUAUCUAUGAGACAGACUAUUACCGGAAAGGAGGGAAGGGGCUUCUGCCUGUGCGCUGGAUGUCUCCCGAGUCACUCAAGGAUGGAGUCUUCACCACUCAUUCUGACGUCUGGUCGUUUGGGGUGGUCCUCUGGGAGAUCGCCACACUUGCUGAGCAGCCAUACCAGGGCUUGUCCAAUGAACAAGUCCUUCGCUUUGUCAUGGAGGGUGGCCUUCUGGAUAAGCCAGACAACUGCCCGGACAUGUUGUUUGAGCUGAUGCGCAUGUGCUGGCAGUACAACCCCAAAAUGAGGCCUUCCUUCCUGGAGAUCAUCAGCAGCAUCAAGGACGAGAUGGAGCCUGGCUUUCGGGAGGUCUCCUUCUACUACAGUGAGGAGAACAAGCCUCCUGAACCGGAGGAGCUGGACCUGGAGCCGGAGAACAUGGAGAGCGUCCCCCUGGACCCCUCUGCCUCCUCCUCCUCCCUACCGCUGCCCGACAGACACUCAGGACACAAGGCUGAGAAUGGCCCAGGCCCUGGUGUGUUGGUUCUCCGAGCCAGUUUCGAUGAGAGACAGCCUUACGCACACAUGAAUGGGGGACGCAAGAAUGAAAGGGCCUUGCCUCUGCCCCAGUCUUCGACCUGCUGA